GAAUAGGAUCCUCAAAGGAAGAUGUCAUUUCCGGUGAACGUGUGCGAUUCUUUCCGGGUUGUGCAGCCAGCAACAUGGCAGCGCCCUUAGGUCUGCAUCUGGAGUUUGGAGGUGGAGCUGAACUUCUGUUUAAUGGAGUCAAGAAUCAUCAUGUGGCACUCCCUAGCCAAUCAGAUCCCUGGGACAUGAAGCAGCUGCUGGCGUGGAUCCGAGGGAACAUGCUGAAGGAGCGCCCAGAGCUCUUUAUGCAGGGCGACACUGUUAGACCUGGGAUUCUCGUAUUGAUUAACGACGCAGACUGGGAACUAAUGUUGCUGUUGUGUACCAUAACCUCAUCAUCUGCAGGAGAGAAACUGCCACUCACACACUUAAUGAUGGAAAUAAAGACAUCAUAGUGGAUUGUGGAGAACUUGAUAAAUGUUUAACCCAGAAGCUGAAAGGAGCAGUGGGGGAGAGGAGUCCAGAUCCACAGGACAGGCAAUGAAACUACCCCUCAGAGGAAAGGAGGAGGACGGGGAACAAUGGACCAGGGGGAAUUCUGAAAUAAGCCUGACCAGAUGAAAAUAUCUCAAGCGCGCUAUAUACGCUAAGCAGGACAGGGUGGAUCAAUGUACACCUCCGACCAUCUGUGGAAAGAUGCUCAUAGAGGAUUAUGAGCUAUACAGAAACUUUAUGUAUCGACUGUAAAUUACCAUAAACGACCAUUUGUUUGCUUUCAUUCUGUUAUUGACAUUUUUUUACUUGUGUUUAUUUAUUGGAAGGCCUAAUUCAGCCACACAACAUGCAGAAGUGGUCUAAAUAAACCAUAACUGUAAAUCCCACCUAAAGUGACUGUGUCUGAUGAUUAAAUGCUUUGUGUUUCUCUUUUGUGCUGGGAAUUAUGAUUGCUGUACAUUGCAGAUUUGGUAUUUGGGUGUGUGCUAAUGUGUUUUAUCUGGAUGAGUGAAAUUGAAGGUGUCACAAGUUAUGUGUGUCUAAAAAGGCUCAAUGUUGUUUCCAAUAAAACAAUAUU